AUGGAAAGACUACAUAUUGUGAGUUGGAAUGUAAAUGGUUGGAAAAAAAGUUGUGAAAUAAUAAAAAAAAAUGGGAUUAGUGUUGAGAAUUUUUUAAAAAAGUUAGAUAUAGAUAUAUUAUGUUUACAAGAAACAAAAACUAAUGAUGGGGUUAUUGAAUAUGAAUCAAAUUUGUUGAAUGCACAUUCAGAUAAAUAUGAAACAUAUUGGAAUUGUUGUACAAAAAAAGAAAACAGUAAUAAACCAAAUAAAGGAUAUUCAGGGCUAGCUAUUUUUGUAAAUAAAAAAAUAAAAACAAUAUGUUCAUCACGAAAUCCUUUUAAAAAUUUUUUUUUUUCUAUAAAAGAUAUGUCAAAAUAUUCAUUUUUUACGGGAAGAAAAUUUCAGAUAGACAAAUCAGCUAUUUCAUUUUACUUACCCAAUGAUACAAACUGUCUUAAUAAUUUAAAUGAAAUUGAAAAUGAUGUAAAUAACUUUUUUGGAGAAGGAAGAUUGCUAAUAACUAUUCAUAAACAAUUUAUUGUUGUUAAUACUUAUAUUCCAUAUUCAGGUUAUAGAUAUGAGAGAUUAGAUUAUAAAAUGAUGUUUUUACAUAUACUAAGAGCAAAGUUAAUACAACUUCGGAUUAGUACAGGCUUACCUAUAAUACUCCUUGGUGAUUUAAAUAUAUCAUUACGUAAUUUGGAUGUACAUUUUCUUAGUAAUUAUAUAAAUAUACAUGACUUGCUAAUAAAAAUUGAUAGUUUUAAUUUAAAAGAAAAUAUAAAAAAUAAAAUUCGUGAUGCAUUACCUAUUAUUAUAAAAACUCUGGAAAAUACGGAAAAUUUUAUUAUCAAAAAACAAAAAAAUACACAAAAUGUUGAAUCAUAUCAUUUAUUUUUAAAUUAUAAUGGUAGUGUAAAAAAGGUGGGUUCAAAUUUUACAUCACCUGAAGAAAUUUAUUUCCUUUUUUCUUUAGAUCCAUUUUAUGCAAAUGAUAAAUAUAGCCAUCUCCCCAAAGAAUAUUAUUUUUAUUUAGACAAUGAUAUUACUGAAUUGGAUGCUCAAACAAAUAGUAAAGAACAAACCAUGUCAAAUAUCACAAGUAAUAUUGAUGAACAUAAUUGUGACAUGAAUUUGAAAACUCAGAUUGAAGAAAAUAAUAUUGAAUGGGAUAAAAAGGUUAAAGAAAAUUACAAUGUCUUUUUGUCAAAUGCUGAAAAGAUACGUGAGCAUGUUGAAAAAAAUGAAACUUGCAAAGUGCCUGAAAAUGUUGUACAUAUAAAUAGUGAUGAUAACAAUGUAAGAGAUAAAAUUUUGAAUAGCAAAAAAAUAUUGUGUAAAUAUGAGUUUAAGCAUUGUACUAGUAAUGGUAAAUAUAUAGUUAAAAAAAAGGAUAGCAUUUAUUUAAAAUAUUUAAAUGACAUAUUUAUAUCUUUAAAUAUUAUCCUUACUAAGGAAGACUUAAUAAAUAUUGCAAAUAAUAUUGGGUAUACAUCUCCUCAAUGUUGUAAUGAUUUUGUACAAACAUUAAUUUACGAAGAUAAUAUGAUUGAUAUAUUUUCUUAUUUAUAUCCAGAUAUUAAUGGUAAAUUUACAUGUUGGGAUAUGUAUAAACAAAAUAGAAUAACCAAUGAAGGAUCUAGAAUUGACUACAUAUUUGUUGAUAGUAUUUUAUUUGAAAUGUUUAUAAAAAAAUAUAACCAUUUAUAUGAUUCUCCAAUAAUUUUAACUAAAGACUUAGAAGAAUUAUUAAAACAAGCUAAAACAGAAAAAGAUGUUAUUUUCAAUUUAUGUAGUGAUAAGGAUGGAAAAAAAACAGUUCAAAGUAUCAAGUAUAUUGAUGCAUUAAAACAAUUAACUAAUAGUGACGUACUUAACUCUAUCACUUUCAACGAACUAUAUGCUAACUAUUUUAAUAAAAUUAAAAGAAAAACAAAACAAAUAAAACCAGGAAAAAAUAUGAAUACCGAUCUAAUAUAUGAUGAAGACAAUGAUGAUGUUGAAAAUUUUGAGUUUCAAUUUAAACUUAUAAGUUAUAUUGGAUUUAUUUAUACAUCCCCUAAAUUAAGUGAUCAUAUUGCAGUUAAUUGUACUUUCUCUUUUGAAAAUAAAAAUGAAGAAGGAAAUAAAAAAGUUCUACAAAUAUGUUGUUCACAUUAUGGUAUAUCCCUUAAUAAAAUAUGUACAACCAUUUAUCAAUAUACUACAUAUUUACCAUUAUUUUUAAUAUCACCACAACUUUUUUCUUUAUCUUCUUUGGAAUUGUUAAAUUGUGUUCAUACGCAUAAUAAAAAUUGUUCUAAUAUUAUUGAAACACAACCCCAUAAAAAAACAAAAAAAAUUACACAAUAUUUUCAAGUUCAAAAAAAAAAAACAUAA